AUGGCGUACCCCUCAUACGACCAGUCGUGGUAUGAGCGUUAUAACCCAGAUCAUCAACCACAUACACGCUAUUAUCGACACUCUCAUCGACACAGUGGCCACCUCACACCCGAGCCACAAUACUCCAACUUGCACCGCUCGCACUCACAAGGCCACAAUGUGCCCCAUCCCACCAACAUCCAUAUCCACAACAAGAUACCGAUCACCCAAGAGACGACGACUGCCCAGCGCACAGAGGGAAGGCCUCCUCCUCCCAUGCCCGCGCCCAUGCCUCCACCACCACAGUUCCAGCCAGUGCCCAUGAUGGCACCUCCUCCACCCAUGUUCGUCAAUCAACCCAUGCCGAUGAUGCAACCCGCACCUCCCCCAAUGAUGGACCCCUAUGCCCUGCGAGCACAACGCCUAGGCGAACAAUUACUCGCCGAAGAGUUUGCCGAAAUGCACCUCCACCGCCAUCGCUCCCACUCUCGUGGCCGCUCCCCCGACGACCGUCUCCGCUGGGACCUCGAGCAACAACGCCGCGACGCCGCAGCAGCAGAAUCUCGCCGCCGCCACGACGAAGAAACCGUCGCAUUAAAGGCCCAAUUCGAACUCGACCGCCGCAGAGAAGAAGCCAAAGCCGCAGAUGCCAAACGCCUCCGUGAAGAAGAAGCCACCGCUCUAAAGCUCAAGCUCGAACUCGAAGCCGAGCGUGAAGCCGCAAAACGCAAAAAGCAAGAGGCAGAUGCAGCAGCAGAGCGACAACGCGUAAUCGACGAACAUGAACGCAAGAUCGCCGCCGAUGCAAAGGCAGCCGCAGACGCCGAAGCGGCAUUCAAGUUACGACUGGAACUGCAAGCACGCGAAGAGCACGAACGCGAACGCAAAGCCUACGAAGACUUCCUCCGCAGGCAGCGAGAGCAGGAAGAAGCAGACGAAAAAGCAUACCGCGAAGCCCUUCGCAAGCAAAAGGAAAAAGAAGAAGCCAAAGAGAGAGAAUACCAAGCCUUCCUGCGCCAGCAAAAGGAAAAGCAAGAAGCAGAAGAAAAGGCAAAGAAGGAGGAACAAGCACGCAUCGACACUGCCAUGCGAGCACGCCUGGAGAAACUAGGAUGGUCCCAACACGACAUUGAGAUUGCCCUCGAUCCAGAAAAGGCGGAAAAGGAAAAGAAGAAAAAGAAGAAGCAUAGGCAUUCGGGAGAUGUAUAUCUUGAUGAGGAGAUCAUCGUGGUGGGCGGUACACCUCCUAGUUUGCCGGAUGCGCCUCCCCUUGCUGUCGGCUUUCCUCAGCAUCAACAUCAUGUUCCCGUGUACCCCCGCAUCAACCGCAAGUUCUUGGACAUCGAGACGUUGGAGCAUUAUCAUGUGCCUUGGGAAUGGGAUCGUGCAAACUCGGAAUUCAUCAUCCUGCUCCGCGAAUUGGACAAGUACGAGACGGAUGUGCUUUUCGAACACACGCGUCGUCGUCGUCAAGGUUCUUCUGCGCCUUUGCUCAUUGACAAGGUCAAAGAUUCGGGCCCAAAGUUCGCUUGGGUCAAGCACAAGAGCAAGGAGAGGAGCAAGAGCAGAGGAAGGGAUAUCAGGGUUACUGAGAUUGUGAGGCGAUAG